AUGCCAAUACAUGCGAAGAAAAUCAAACCAGCUGGUAAAGCGGCUUUGAAUAAACUAGCAAAUGAAUUUGCUGACUUUGAAAACGAAACCGAAGACCAACAAGGGUUAAAAGGUCUUGCAUUAUCAACCGAGGAGCUGCCUAAGAAAGCUAGAAAAAGAACAAUAAUAGAACAAACACCCGAUGAUAUCAGCUACUCAGAUCUAGAAGAAGAUGAACCAGAAAAUGGCAGUGAAAUAGAGUUUUCAUCCCUAUUGAAAGGCUUUGGAAAUGACAUCAAGACCACUUUGAAUGCCAAACGUAAGCGGAUCCAGAGCUUUACCCAAGGGUCACUAAAGGCUAGCAAUAAAAAGUUUGACGAGAUAUGGAACAAGCAACAAAAGGAAAGAGAACAGCAUGAAGAUUUCAGUAGGCAAGUCAUGACUGUUCUGAACCAGUGGGAAAUUGAUCUUCAGAAAACAAGAGAAGCAAUGGAAAAGCUUGAGUCUUUGUACCAACAACAAACAAAGCUGUUUAACCAGCAACAUGCAGUCCAGACACAAAGGCUCAAACGCGUGGUACAGUUGCACGAAGACUACACGAAAGGCAUCCUGAAUCUAAAGAAAAACCACGAGGAGCAUAAACGCACGGUGCAUGACCAGUUGAGAAAAGAAAUCAGUGGUUUGCAGAAGAAAAUCCUGUCCGAUACGCAACAGCAAGAUUUCACGAAUGUUCGCCGAUCUUUAGAAACAAUGUUGGCACAAGUUUGAUGCACUCAAAUAUUUGGUAGCCCUUGGUGGAUGUAGGCCACACCUAUUAUCUUCUACCAAUGGGUAUUUUAUAUUAUUUUUAAUGAAAUCGUUAGUUCUAAAUUAUCUCCUAAUUAACGGAUGUUCUUAUAUUAUUAAUUGAAUGACGAAGUUUCAUCGUAAGUUGCCUACUAAACCAGACCAUAUUCCCAAACACUGGCUUUUAUUUUGGGUGUUGUUAAGAAAUAGCAGCUUUGAAAAUUUAUUUCAAAAAUAGUACAGUAUUAAAAAAGAAAAAAUCUAAUGAUAUUGAAUGUAAUUAAUUGCUGAGCUGUAGAUUGUAAGAUAGAUAAAACUGUCUUCUCAAUUUUACUGAAUUUGCGUUUUUCAAUUUUGUGGCCCGUCAAGUUCGAUGCGCACGCAACAUUGAGAAAACGGUCUA